CUUGGAUUCCCAUACUGCACACGAGCUCUUUCAACAUGAAGACCUAUAUCAUUCAAUUUCUUACUAUCUCUACCUUCGCUGCCGUAACUAUGGCGUGCGACCGCUACAACUACUGCCGUUGCACCAUGGCCGAUGGAUCACUCAACAGCACUGUUACAGACGACGCGUGCAAGUACUUGUAUACGUAUUCUGCAAAAAAACAUUUCGACCUAUCUCUUUAUGUAACUCAAAACAAAGACGACGCAACAUGGUGUUAUCAAUUAGUAAAUGAUAACCCAAUAUACCUUGGUGUCGACAACUGCGAUAUGCGUGUAGCCUGCACCGAAGUGGGUGCUACCGGAAGCGAUUCUUGGUGUAUGGAUAAGUUACACUAGUGUGAAGCUGAGAUAGCUUUGUGUGGCUAGUACAGGGUGGCAGGGGGGGAAUAUUCACCAAAAGCGAAGUCCCGUAGUAGGGGGGUCAGCAUUAGUUACCUAACAGGGGUAAUCAUCUUCGGCCUGGUACCAUCGUACUACUUGCAUGUACUAUAAAUAUACAGUAUAUGCGGAUUAAUAUAAAAAACUAACCAAUCAAAAACAUACAAC